CUGUUCCGCCAACUAGCUAGUCUAGCUCACAGUUACUCCACCUCCGUGCAGCGAAUUACAAUUUCUCAGUCUGACCUGGUCAAAACGUUCAUCGAACAGCUAUCGCUUCAAAUUACUUGCACGUUGUACCUCUCCAUUUCCUAACCAUUCACCAACGCCCCUUUCGGCGGUGGCCAGUCACCUGCAUACCGCUGUACCGGCCCAACACCUCCAAGCAAACCUUCGUCGUGCAUGGCGUUCACUCGAUUCAUCUUCCGGUGCCAAUUAGUAGAUGCGGCCUCACCUUCCGAGUGCGCGUCUAUGUAGAUUCUUCCUCAGGUAACGCAGCAUCAAGCCAUGCUCGCUAAUCAACAGCCGUCGACCCACUGCUAUGGGCCUCCUACAAAAGGCACUUGAUUGCGAGGUAGUCAUUCGCCUUCUCAUCGUUUCCGAGUUGCUACUGGGAGAUCCGGCGCAGACAUUGGUGAACGAGCAUGCCAGUCACGUUUGAAGCAAGAUUAUGGUUUAUCCUGGACACCUCCCGAUCCUUCCAUCUGUGGCUUUAUGAAUAAGUUUCUUCGGGACAAGUAGUCUAUUCUCGCCUGUCACCACCAGACGGGUUCGUUGUUCAGGAAAGCUCGUGUAUUCUUUCCAUCAUCACCAUCACCAUCAUCUACCCUAAUCAGUUGUAUCUUUUUGUUUCCUUACAGAUUUGUAACCUCAAGAUUAAUCCCGUCUACUAUUACUGUAUAUUUCAACUCCCUACGCAUCUUGACUUGCAUGGGUUCCCCUAAACGAUUGGCGAUUCCACUUGGUCCGCCGGACACCUCGUACAUUUCUAUUUUACGUCUCGAUCUCCCUGGGUUCGCGACAACGGUCAGUUGGCGCCUCAAGUUCAAGAGUUGUCGCCUAGGUGUUAUGGACAUACAGUAUAAAUUACACAGAAAGCAGAAAUACAUGCAGGCAGUCUCUAUGCCUUUAACGCGGAGGAUAAAGCCGAAGUCAAUCUGCUGAUGCACCUGCCCUCCGUCAGAUUAGGUUACAUUGCUUGUCACAUUUCAGGAAGAUGAACAUGAUGGUAGUACUGGUCACUGACGCAUGAUGGUCGAGGGGCAGAAAUGGUGACGACGCCCGGCUCGUCACCCAUAUUACUUCACACUCCCUCAACCACGUUCAUGUCUACAGGUUUUCAGCGCGAGUCGCUGAGUGAUAAGUUACAGCAAGAGCUCAGCACUCUCGAAAACAUUAUAGAAGACCAAACAAAGAGGGAACUCCUUCUCCAACCAAGAGGAGAUGAAGCUCAAUUCAUGCUCGAUUUACUCCAACUGGUGAUUCUAGCCGAUCUCCCAGGUCCAACCUCUCCUCGAUCUCAUAUCUUAAAGAUCAUGUCUCGCCUCUCAAAGAACUCACGACGCUUCCCACAGUGUCUCGUCAUUCGAAACAUCAAGCUUCUUGGGAAGCAUCCUUUUGGCUGCGGAGCAUUUGGCGACGUCUGGAGAGGAAUAAUCGGCGACUCAGCCACGGGUCAAAUUGAUUGUGCAGUCAAAAUCGUCAGGAGGGCUUACUUCAGCCAGGCUGCCACUGGUCAAGAUGAUCACAAUUACGAAACAGUUCUCAAUGACCAUGUCCGAGAAGCGAUCAUUUGGAGGCAGCUCAAACAUCCCAAUGUGCUACCUUUCCUCGGGAUAUAUUAUCUGGAUGGUAACAGAGAGGACGUGUGCCUUGUAUCUCCCUACAUGGUUAACGGAAACCUUGCUCAGUUCCUGAGAAAAACCGAUCCAGACAAGGUGCACAGUCAUAUCCUGAUAUCUGACAUCGCUUUAGGAUUGGAAUACUUACACGACAAGGACAUUGUUCACGGCGACCUGAAAGAGCUCAAUAUCCUCGUUACGGAAAGCUAUCGAGCGUGCAUCUGUGAUUUUGGUCUAUCACACUUAGGUGUCACUCUCGGGCUCCCGCCCUCGACGUAUCGGGGAGGUACAUUGGGCUAUAUGGCCCCAGAGGUUCUAUUUGGGAGUUUGAGCUCGAAGCAAAGCGAUGUAUAUUCCUACGGGUCUCUGUGCCAUAGGAUGUUAAGCAAGGUGUACGACCUCCCCAACAAUGUAGUCCGAGUCAUGGGGGAAAAUCUUGCAUCUCAACCGCGACCUGUGAACUUACCAAAUGAUAAAGAUCACCUGUGGUCCCUUCUGCAAGAUUGUUGGAAACAUGAGCCUUCAACGCGACCAACUACAAGUGACAUCGUCCGGCGUGUUACCACCUCGGUUCCUGCAUCGGACUGGGAUGAAUCGUUGUACUCGCACAUAUGUCGCAACAUCGACCUUCUAUCGCUUGUAAGGGCGCUCGAAUCCCGAUGUCGAUCUUCACGUCAGAUAACAUUACCAUCGACGGAAACGUUAACCGGUCUUGUUAGAAAGAUAUCGGUUGGCUCAACGUUUGGCAGUGGUCACGCUCCGAACACUGAUCUCCUGUGCCACCCACCGGUCAGUCCAUCGCCAAAGGUCACCAAGAACGGCCCAAGACACCCAAGAGAAGAGAGGGAUCAGCGUAGCGAAGAAAUGGGUGGCGAGGGAAAUCAGGCUCUUAGCUUGUGCAUUGGCAACGACCACCAUCUCGUCUCACCCUCACCCGCAGACAUUCAUUCAAAUACUGUUCACGAGUGGAGGUUUUUUGUCUCUCCUAGUCGGACUGACAUUAUCCGGGAGGUGCACAUCUCACUCCACCCAACGUUCCGAAAGAGUUACAUCAUUCUCGAAGAGCCGCCAUACUCCAUCACUCGUGUGGGGUGGGGCACUUUCACUAUCGAGGUCAAGGUUUUCUUGAAAUCAGGAUUUUCUUGGGUUUCCAAGGACGCGUUGAAUUUGCCAAAAGGCGAGACGAAAUGUAUUUUGCCUCUCAAGUGGGAACUGAAUUUUGACGGAGGGAGCCAGACGACGUAUGUGCUGGAAGUCAAGAAUCAAACAAUACACCACAAAUGGCUACUUUCUACCCGCCUUUCUUCACUCGCCUCGCGGAUCCGAAUAUAAAUAUAAUCCGAAUUUCGUCCCAAAACCCAAACCAACCCAGCAACCUCUUCACCCGCGGCUAAGGGUCCUGGUGAAUCAAAGUUAUACAUGAUGAUGCUUGACUAACGCUUGAUGUAUGGGUUUGUACGGGAAAGAAGGCGAGGACAAAUCAACGAAGCACAAAUAAUUUAUCCCUAAUAUUUCAAAAAAUCCAUGUAACGAUUCUUGACCGAGUGAGAUGAAAGUCAAUUCGAGGGUUGUUGUAAUGGAUCAUAAGUACCAUUCUAACCCCGGC